GAGAGCGUCUCAAAUAUAGAGCCAUUUUAGACGGUGAAGAGACAGAGGCAGGCGUCUCUAAAAAUACCAGUAGAAAGUCCCUAGUCCUUGAAAGUCGUACCAGAAGCGGCUAGAGAGAGAUACAGAACUGAUUUGGACAUGGAAAAGCAGAAGGUAUUUUGUGGGAAGUUAGGGUUUGGAGCAGGGUUUUAAUGGUGGCGGUGUGAUGGGGAGCGCAGAGGAGGAAGAAGAGCCCGAGAAGAAGAGGCCACAUCUUUCCCCCCUCACUCCCAUGGCUAAGAAACAGUCAUCGCCUCCUCCGGAAAAUAGAACUGUUGAUGCUGCCGUUCUUCAAUAUGAGAAUCAAAAGCUAUUCCAGCAAUUGGAUACUCAGAAAAAUGAAUUGCAUGCUCUGCAAGGGAAGUUUAAUGAAUUAAAAGAUAAACAGAUCUCAUAUGAUGAGACUCUGAUUGCAGUAAACAGGCUUUGGAACCAGUUGGAAGAUGAUUUGGUCCUUCUAGGCAUCCGUGCUGGUAGCAUCAAUGAAAAUUGGUUUCAUUAUUUGGAUCACUUAGAGCAGUCAACAGUUUCAUCGUGCCCCUCGGAAGAGACAUUUCUGUGGAGGCUUUUGGAAGCUGGUGCUACUGAAAAUGGUGCAGCAAAUGGGACCAUGGAUCACGUGCAACAAGCACUAGUGUCUAGGCAAUCAUCCACAUUGGCCUUGAUGGUACGUUUGGAAGAGACCAUCGCUGCUCAAAGGGCCAAAAGUGAGGCCUUAUGUCCAGCUUCACUUGGAAAUCUUUCUUCAGAAGAUGCUUUCAUCGAACUGCAUAAGAUCGAUAAUGCACUGAAAGAGGAGGUCAAGAAUAUGUGUAGAGCCAUUGAUGUUCUUCACUUGAAGCACAAGGCAUAUGCGAUUGAAAUGCAAAAUUAUCUCAAUAGUCACACCAAGGAUCAGACUGAGAUAAAGCGUUUGACUGGUGAAUUGGAGGAAAUCAUGACUGAACUUGAGGAAAGUAGACGCAAGUUAGUGAAUUUAAAGAUGCAAAAGAAUGUGGCUGCUGGUACUCUUACUCCUGUUUUGAAUGUCAUAAAGAGGAGCAUUUCACUAGAAAAGUGUCCAGAGAAAAACAAGAGUCUUCGGGAGCUCAAAGAUGCACUAGAGGAGGCAAAGACACUAGCGACAAGCCGCCUCUCAGAGCUUCAGGAUGCACAUGAAGAGAACCUGAGUUUGUCAAAGAAGCUGCGAACUCUUCAGAAUGAUAUGAAGGAUGAUAAAUAUGUCGUCUCCUCUAGACCAUACAUCAUUUUAAGUGAUCGGAUCCAACGUUUGAAAGUUGAGUUGGAACGCUACAAGGGAACAGUAGACACCUUACAGGCUGACAGGAAUAAUUUGCUGCGAAGGGAAAAGGAGAUGAAUACGAACUUUGAGAAUGCGGAUGCUGCCAAAAGUUCUAUGAGCAAUGCCGAGGCCAGGGUGGAAGAGCUAGAGCUUCAGCUGCGGAAGUGCAUCACUGAAAAAAAUGAUCUCGAGAUGAUGUUAGAAGAAACUGAGCAGGAUGCUGCUGCUGCAGGUAGGAACGAUAUUAAAGCAGAGUUCCGUGUUAUGGUAUCAGCCUUGUCUAAGGAAACAGGAAUGAUGGAAGCACAGCUGAAUCGGAGCAAAGCAAUAGCUUGUGAAGUUCUCUCUCUAAGUGAAGAAGUUGAAUCUCUUACCACCUUAUUGAAUGAAAAGAUAAGUGAACACAAGAUCUUAGCUGAUAGAUGUGCACAAAAUGAGAUAGAGAUCAAAUUGCUUAAAGCAGAGAUCGAGAAGCUGCAGACGGAAAAACAGGAGUUACAAAUCUUCCUGGACAUGUAUGGGCAAGAGUGUUAUGAUAGCAGGGAUAUCUUGGAAAUUAAGGAAUCAGAAAGAAGAACUCAGUUGCAGGCUGAUCUUCUGAAAUCUGUUUUGGAUGAACAUGGUCUUGAAUUGCGUGUGAAAGCAGCUAAUGAGGUUGAAGCGGCAUGCCAACAAAGACUUUCUGCUGCUGAAGCUGAAAUAGCUGAUCUGAGAGCAAAAUUGGAUGCUUCUGAGCGAGAUUUUUUGGAGCUCAAAGAAGCUAUUAAACUGAAAGAAGACGAAGGGGCAGCCUAUAUCUCUGAGAUUGAGACCAUUGGACAGGCCUAUGAAGACAUGCAGACACAGAACCAGCACUUGUUGCAACAGGUCACUGAAAGAGAUGAUUUCAAUAUCAAGCUGGUGUCAGAGAGCGUGAAGACAAAGCAAGCUCAGGGCUCUUUGAUUGCUGAAAAGCAAGCUGUGGCCAAGCAAUUACAACAAGUCAAUGCAUCUCUAGAUUAUACCAAAGUGAAAAUCGCUCGUGAUGAAGAACAGAUGAAAGCUUAUCUGGCCCAAGCUGAGAAAGCUUCCCAGGAGAACAGGCACAUUGCAAUUGCCAUGGAGAGCGCAAAACUAGAAUUAGUAGAUGCCGAGAAGGAGUUGAAGUGGCUAAAAUCAGCCCUUGAUUCUUCAGAGAGAGAUUCUGAGCAGAGCGAACGGAAACUUGCCGAAGUUCAAAUAGAGCUGGAGAAUGAAAGGCUUGAGAAGAAGAAGCUGGAGGAAGAGCUCGAGGCUUUCAAUAGUAAGGUUGCACAGAUGAGUUCGGAGAAUGAAGAGGCAGCUGUCGAGAAGCUUCAAGAUGAGAUCAAGGAGUACAAAGCUAUACUCAAGUGUGGAGUCUGCUAUGACCGGCCGAAAGAGGUAGGCAACCCAGGAACCAAUGUCAUUACAACCAUGAUUAGGACACACACACACAGAUAUAGUCAUUAAACCAUCAAUUGGACA